AUGAGCGACAUUCUACCAGCACGUGCCUUAUGUAUUUUAAUCGUCUUUUGUCAAACCGUACCACACGCAAAAGGGCAGGACGUGGUCUCGUCGGUAAGAACCCGCUCUACUACUCCAAAAACUACGGUGCAACUUUACACGCAAGAGACAGCAACAGAUGAUGAUACACGCAGUGCGUUGACCGAACCCGCGCUUUUGGCUGAGGAUAGUUCCACAGCGGAAAGUAGCUUAAAUUCCAGCGAAGAUGGCACCAACUAUGAUACCUCACUGUCGGAGCAUGAUUUCACUUCGUCCGAUGCCUCAAGUUCGUUGGAAGUGAUAAAGGAUGGGAAAAGUCUCGAAAGUAGGGAGGAUCUUCAUAUGAAUCCUACUACGAUCAGCAGCAAUCAGGAAGAAAUAAGAUCGACACAACAGGAUGGCUCUUCAAACAUGCAGAACGAUCCCUCUACCACUACAAUCGACACGCGUACCAUGAUAGCUUCUACUACUUCGGCCACAGUCACAUCGGACGGAAGUAAUGACGCUAGUAACGAGAGCACCGAAUCCAACUGUACCGAACGUCCAUUUAUCGAUAUGUCUCGGACCAAAAACCCUCACCAACAAUCCUACCAUCAUCAUCAGCGCCGGAAGUACCUGCAGACGGUACGAACGGCACGAGCCGAAAGGAAGCAACGUACGUCGGACGCACGGUUACACAGUGCUCGAAGUGGUGCUGGGCAAGAAUUGUACCCGAUGGGCGAUGAGGAAGAGCUGGACGUAGAACUGUACGCCGCACAGUACGGCUAUCGGAUCUACCGGCUGGAAGGUGACCUGAUGCUAACGUUAAUCGUUGAGACGGAUGAUUUUGGCGCAACGUUGUUCACGAUCGAUCGGAUUAAUGACCUUCGAUUGGUGGGCGGUAGUAAAGGAAACACCAGCAUUGGUGUAAACAUUAUUCACCUCCUAAAUACUUCGCUCAGCCAACGUACCCUCCAGCAAGAGGUAAACGUACUCAAAGAAUGCUCAACGAACACGAUCGGUAUCUUCGUCAGUCCACGGUUAUGGGCCUCCGUUCGACUCCUGUCGGAAACACUGGACUAUAACAUUUUUCCCCUACCAUCUACGUACGACCUACUGUUUACAAAGGCCGCCCAUCUCCUGUAUGAACUACCCUGGACGAACGGAAACUCGUCCGCGAUGGUAUACUCCGGUUCGAACGAACUAUCGACCCGUUUCAGUACGAUCUGCCGCCAUGAGCAUCUGUGCCUGGAGAACUAUCCCAGUAGCGACACCAUUUACAUACUGCUUGGACUGGAACCGGCCAUCAGCUUUGCCAUGAACGGUACACUGGUGCUGGUGCUCACGGGAAACGAUCGGCUGUAUCUUCCUGAUCUUCCGAAUGGAGCGUACGUGAUAGAGGAAACCGAACUGAACGUUGCCUCGCUCGGAUACUCCUGGGAGCGGUACGGUACCAGCAUACAUGGUUCGGAACUGCUAUCCGCUAGCAGUCUGUUGUUGGAGGUGAUCGAUCUUUUGAAUCGUUCCGGAAGCGAUUGCCGUAACGCAAGCAUCGAGUGUAUGAACAAUUGGAAGUAUCAUGCAAAACGAUCAACAACGGAGCUCCUGAACGUUCUGCAGCUGAAGAAUGCUACCCAAUCGAUUAAGUUUGAGUUGCGACAGAAGCGCGUCGGUGAUGCAUCCUCUGUUGGAAACCGUACGGAAAGCACGGACAUUGAGCAUGCCGACGAGAAUCAGCUAAAACUGAUCGCUAGCUCGAAUGCGAUCACUAACUACACGACGGUGUACGAGCGUCUAGCGACCAACACAGCGGAUGCACCCUCAAAGUUGGGAUCGAUAUUUUACUGCGCCAAGGAGUUUGAAAUUCGUCAUCCAGACUUUAUCGAACGGCAUCAUCGGCCCGUGUACUAUGGUGGGGCAGUGCCGGAUGCAGAGGAAUACGGUGACAUGUACUGGCAGAUCAAGAUGGAGGCCUGGGUUGCGGCUGGUCUAACUGUAUCCUCCUUAGGGAUACUGCUCUGUGCGGCGAUACUGAUUUUCCUGAUCGUGCGUGUCUGCAUGGACGAUAUCUUGGAAGGUCAUCCGUUGGGUAGUAUCUUGCUGCUGGUAAGCUUGAUCCUGCAGUUUGCGGCCUUCAUCCCGUUCAGUCUCGAGUACACAGGAUACACGGCAGAUCUUGCGGGUCAUCGGACGGAUGCGAUGCUCACCUGGAAUGCACACUGUACGGUGAAGAUUUUCCUCGUGUCGAUGUGCUAUUGCAUGACUUUCUCGCUGUUGCUGUGCCGUGCGAUCAUGCUCGCCUCGAUCGGUAGUGAAGGUGGCUUCCUGUCGCACAUUAAUGGCUACAUCCAGAGCGUUAUCUGCGGGUUUAGCACGCUGGUUCAGCUCGGACUCUCGACGCAACUCGUGAUUGUACUGCACGCGAAUUCGCACAGCAUCUCCUGUGGGGAAAUCUAUUACGGUCAUUGGUUCUGGGCGGUGAUAGCGUACGAUGGGGUGCUGCUGGUUUCGCUCAUCUUUUUAGCACCGUUUAUAUUCCGCUCGCAACGCAACUACCGAGAAGGAUUGCUGCUCGUUACGGGUUCGGUGUUGUGUUUGGUUAUAUGGACGGUGUGGAUACCGCUCUGCAUGUUCGGAUACGAAUGGCGCGAAGCUGCCAUCUCACUGGGAUUGGUUGCAACGGCGCUAGCGGUGCUGGUUGGAAUCAUGAUACCGCGAUGCUUCCUGAUGGUGCGCAGCAUCGCUCGUUCGGAUCUGGUACAGGCGUUACCAUCACUCACCUCUCUGGCUUUUGCUCAAGCAAACCAAUUCAUUUCGGAUCAGAGCGUGUAUGAAUGUGUGAAUCCAGCUAUGCGACAGCGAUCCCCUACGGACGAUAGUUUCGUAAUGGAUCAGGACCUAGACGAGGCGUACUCAGCAAACAGCGAAAUUCCAACGCUACCACUAAGAGGACAACGACGAUUACGGCAGGAAAAUGGAACCAUCACAAUGAGCACCAGCAAUGGAACGAUUACUGGCAACCAUAAUGGUACGAUCGUAUCACCAAUGGAUCGUCCGGUGGGCAACGUGACCCACAUAGCACCAAACUUCUAUGGCAUCUCCAAUCCGUACAGCUGUACCGAUUCGCUAACGUCCAUUUCUCCCAACAAGAUUACCCGUUUCUAGAUACAGC